ACGUCACCACGCCAUGACAAACCACGUGACACUGACUGCCGAAUCAGCGUAUGCCAAAUAAAGCUGUGUGAUGAAAUCACCAAGAAAAAGAUUCGAGAACGAAUUUUGGUAAAUAUUAUGCGAUUUGAAUUGGACGGCAGAAGGGGAAUCGAGCUACUGUUUGAAUUUAAGUAAAGUGUUUAGUGGUUUCAGCAGCUUUUAUAUUAGAUUACAGUCAGGCGUGCUCAUUCUGAACUACCAUGUCAGUACAGCUGAUCAUAAAAUCGGCCUCUCAGCGGGUCCCAGACUUGGAGCUCGAUUGUGAACUGGAAUGGACGAUCGGUCAGGUGAAAGAGCAGAUCUGCUUAUUGUAUCCCACAAAACCUUUAAAGGAACACUUGAAGCUUAUUUAUGGAGGAAAGUUGUUGCCCAACCACCUGCAUGUGAAGUCAGUCUUGAAUCAUGUACAAGAAAUUCAUGUAAUGCAUCUAGUGUGCCCUUUCCCGUUAAAGGAUGAGAUUAAGCCAGUAGAAACAAAAGAAGCAAAGGAGACUGCACCAACAUCCGCUCCCGUCUUCCCCGUUCCUGCUCCCAAUCUGACUCCUUCUCAGAUCAAUCCCAGCUUCUUACCUGCACAGAGUUACACUAGUAAUAUUCCCAGCAUGCCACCAGGGACAUACCCUGCCACAGAUGUAAUGCAGCAAUAUCUGGCCAUGCAACAGAUGUACACUCAGUUUAUGGCGCAGUAUAUUGCACAGUUCAACAAUGGCUAUCCUCCUGUCAUGUUCCAAAAUACCACAGUCUCGCAACCUGCAGAUCCAGUCCCAGAGGAACCACAACCAACACGACAACCACGCCCAGCAGUUAGAGAGGAGGAAGGGGUGGACUACCUGUUCAUCCUGAGCCGAGCUGUCAUGCUCUUUGCCCUUCUCUACUACUAUUCCUCCCUGCAGCGCAUCUUUCUCGUUGUGUCCAUCUUCCUUAUCAUAUCCAUGUACGUGAAGCUGAAACGAGAGAGCAGGAUGGAAGCACGACCCACACCGCAAGAGAGGGAAGAAACAAUAGAUACUCGUGAAGAGAGCGACGCUGACAUUCGUGUUGUUGGAACAGAAGGACAAGAGGAAACAUCUGAGAAUUCCACCUCUCCCCAAUCCGUUCCGUCAGAACAGGAUUGGAGGACCACCCUACUUGCGCUAGUAUCGUCCUUCUUCUCCUCGCUGAUUCCCGCAGACAACCCCCCAAUCGAAGUCAACUGACACUUGUCAGCUUUCAUUCUCAUUGUAAAUACCACAAGUUCUGGAUGAUGCCAUAGAUGAAAGAGUUAGCAACCACCUAAAAAAUCACCUUGUAUCGAUUUCGAAUUCAACUGCAUUGUUUGACAAAAAUCACUUUAGUUGUAUACCUCACUGAAAUAACUUUGGUGUUGUUGCAUCAUUUAAUCACCCCUGAUUUUGUUUCACCAAUAGUGCUUACAAUACCUGCCGCUUAGUAAAAUCACAUUUCUUCUGACUGCAUUUGAUUCCAUAAGCUGGUGUUUCUACAGUCGAAAAAAAUUUAAAUGUUUUAGGUUUAAUACUCAAAAGGAAAAACAAUAAUGUUUUGAAAAAAAUAAAUAUGUAAAAAUAAAAGGGGAAAAAGGAAUUAUAUUUAGAUUUUAAGUGUUUCAAAUUACAGUUGACAUACAUCCAUGCCAGAAGUAAUUUUUUUUUUUUAAUUUACACAAGGAUCUUGAACUGUUGGUGCAUUAUUGUGGAAUUCACAGAAUUUGAAAAUAAAGAUUCAACAUCAUUUUGCAUUCAAACAAUGUUGAAUCUUGACUUUAAAAUUCUGUUAAUCCCACAAUAAUGCAUCAAUACUUCAGGAUUCUUGUGAAUGUACUUCUGGCUUCGAUGAAAUGUCAACUUCCUUAUUUCGAAGUACAUCAUAUGACCAUAAAGCAUUUUUCUCACAUCUAUUGAAAAAAAAAUAAAAUAAAAAUGGCACUACCAUUUCCUCAUCUUCCGUGACUGAUUUUUCCACUUUUUGGCGUGACAUAACUUUAAAAUUUAUUUUGUCUAUUGCAACAUAUUGCUGUUGUCUUUUCCAAUUUUUAACAUACAAUCUCUGAAAGCUCGACUUUACAAAACGGCAAUAGUUCUUUCAUUAAAGGAUGGUUUUGACAGAUUUUCACAUUGUAAUUAUGCUGUUGUUCCAUAUUUGAGUUUUAAAAGCAGCCAAUUUUAUAAACUAGUGAUUUUAUAAGUGGCGGUUUCUGUAUUCUUUUAAUUUAAUACAGGCACAAGUGCUGUGGGAAGAUAAAGUGCAGUAUCUGCAAGUUUUUAAUUUUUUGCAUUCUUGUCAUCUAUUGUACUUAAGCCUUAUUGCACGAGCUUACUUAAUUUGUUUCUGCUGAAAAUAAAAUCAAAUUCCAAUAUUUCCCUAUUAUAGUCUACGUAAUGAGAAUAGGUGAAGCAAGGAUAAAUAAUUUUUCCCACUCUCCGCCCAUUUCUCUUCUGGUUGUCAUGGUUACAGCUCUAUAACCCCCCCCCCCCAGCACGUCUGCAAAUAUGUGCUGCAGACGCAAUGUGGGCAAGUUUAUAGUGCUGUAGCCAUGACAACCAGAAUUUGAAAAAGGGUGGAGAGGGAGAAAAUUAUUUGGUCUUGACAUGCUGAUUCUUGUUACAUAUACUAUAUUUAGGAAUUUGAAACUCUGUUCUUUGAAUAUCCUAAAUACUCAUUUCUGCAGAUACUGCCUUUUAGUUUCCUCUAGCAGAUUUAUUGCUGAAACCUCUUCAUCAAAAAAUGUUACCAUGUUUCGUGCACUUAAAAGAAAAUAUACCAACAUUUGUAAAUAUUCAGCUGCAUCAAAAAAAUUAAUUGCAAUAGGGCUAAGUUUUGCAGGUUUCUUGUUUGCUGGUUGUGUUAUGCUUUUCAGAUUCAGUACCAAAGAUCUGCCUUAUUUUAUGCAUUAAGAUGUAUUUUUUCAUGUUAUGCAUGUUUAAUUUUAAGUUUGUGCCAAUUUAAAGAAAAUAAAUUAUUUAUUUAUA